AUGUCCGAACGCACACGGCCGGCGCACCCCGGCGCUCGCAGCGUCCUGAUGCUGCUCCUUGUUGGUGUUAUUUUUUCUAUCACGCCCGCCCGGGGCUCAGCGCCACGGUGGGAUCUGGCGAUCGAUGACGACGCGCUGUGCAUUCCCUGCCCGGCCGGCUUUUACUGGAAUAGCCGCCAUUGUUCGAGCCGCUGCCAGGAGCCGCCGCCCAGCCGGCCCCGGAGCAGCUCCUCCAGCCCUACCGACUCGAUGCCCUCUUCCUCCGGCUCCCUGCCCCCGGUGGAUCCCUCUGGCCCUGAUUCCGACAUCUUCUCGGAUUCCUCGGCCAACAGCACCUCCUCCGAUGCUUCUUUCUCAGACUCCACCCCCGGGUCUACCCCCGGGUCCAGCUCCUCCGGCAGCGACUGGAUCCCCUACCCGGAUGGAUACUGCCCGAGCUUGCAGAUGUGCCUCAAGUGCCCCCCCGGGCACUUUUCCUCGAAGCCGUGCAUCAACUGCGAGCCCGGCAUGUAUCAGCCCAACUACGGGCACGUCGGCUGCCUUCUCUGUCCCCAGGGGUCCUUCGCCGAGCUGUCCGGCUCGGCCAACUGCACCCCCUGCGGAACGGGCUACUAUUUGGACCAGUUUGGCUCGUCUCAAGCUGACGACUGCCGGAUCUGCCCGGCCGGCUUUUACUGCCCAUCGGUCACCACCGGGCGGCCGAUCAUCUGCCCGGAGGAUUCCGUCUGUCCGGAAGGGUCCUCGGCUCCGCGCAACUGCAGCCCCCUGUCCGAGCCGGUCACCGGGGAGGAUGGCCUCGUUGAGUGCAAGCCGAUUGUCUUCUUCUAUGCCCUGGUGUCGCUGGCCUGUGUGGCGGCGAUCACCAUUGUCGCCGUUCUGGUGGCGGUUGUCACUCGCAAGAAGGCCGACCCGGCCAUCGUCAGCCAGAUGAUCCACCAAGAGAAGGACCGCCUGUUGGCGGACGAUCCCCACAUCCGUGGUGUUGGUGACACUCCCAUGUACUCGGGCCUAUGA